GCCGGAGGACUAAUCACCAUAGAGAGCGGCGGAUGAGCCGCGCAGAGCGGUUAGAUCAGCACUUCCGCAUUUCUGGGCGCAUGUGUUUUGCCGCUGGCGGGACUCGGCGGCAGGCAGCGGCAGUUCCGCGCGUUGGCCACGCGGUGGCAGCAGAGACCACGGCAAGAACUUUCCUGCCGGAUCGAUGCCGGGAUUCGGCGUUAAUGCUGAAAACCCACCUAUGGCUGUGGUUGGGAAAUUUGUUCACUUGCUCGAUCGGACCCAGAUUUUCAGGAGGAGCUGGAGCUAAUGAAACUGUGUGAGGAAGUUGUGACCUUGUUCCGAUCUAAUCAACAGCUUGAAAAUGACCUCAAUCUCAUGGACAUCAAGAUUGGACUGCUAGUGAAGAACAGAAUGACACUGCAGAAAGAUAACUGCAGAAGAAACAUCAAGACUUGAAGCAUUGUAAAAACAAAGCACCAGAAAAGAACCCACUCGGGACCAAGGGAAAGCAAUAGAUGGAUGUUGUUUCUCAUAGCAAAAAUCUUAGCAGGAAGAACAAGGAACAGCUCUGUGACGUGAUGACGAUGAACGAGCAAAAGGGAGAUUUGAAAGCUUGGAGCAAAGAGGAGAGGGAAAAGCUGGAAGCCUAUCAGCAUCUUUUCUACUUGAGGCGAGCAGUGAGUCAGGCAGAGGAGCACAGGUGAAGGCAAUGCAGCUGUGCUGCUGGAAGGGGUGCAGCCAGGCUACAGCCCUCCUAGACCUGUUUAAGAGCUGGCUACCAGUGGGGAAGGAUCUUGUCUGGAGAUCUGCUCUGCUGGAGUUUUGUAAGUGAGCCCAGGAUAGGGGUAAGCCUUCUAUUUAUUCUCCUUUUGUUAGCUUAGUCUGCUUUGUCAAACUCUCUUGUUUAUUUCAUAAUGACAACAUCUUAAUAGUCAUUGAUUAUACACGUGCACUAAGUACUUUUUCUUCUUGUUUUAGACUACUCCAACGUACUUGGCCAAGCUGCUUUUGCAGAUGCCUCAAAACAAACCCACAAAGUUCAUGGAUUCAGCCAUCUUCACGCUGCAUAACUACGCAUCCAGUCAGAGAGAGGAAUCUCUGCUGUUGAGGCUGUUGCAAACAGCAUUGCAGGAAGAGAUCAAGUACGUUGUAGCGUAGGACACAGCCUUGCUGUUGCCUCAGUUUGGGCCGCUGCUAAAAUUGAAGCUGAUGUUGUGUGAUGUCCCGUGCUCAUUUGCUGAUAAUGCUGAACUGUCCCUGCCUUCUGCUCAUGCUGUUUCACGUCAGUCCUUUCUGUAACCUGGAAGGAGGAGGAAUUACCUUUGUUCUUUAGGAUUAAAGCCAUUUUUCUUUAGCCAAUGCUUUGUUGCUCAGGGAGGCACUAUUUUUGAUCUACUGCAGUGCUUUCCUAAGAUUCAGUCCCAUCUAAGUUCUCUGCUGUCUAGUAAGAAGGACUUGGCACAGACUGUGAGCUUGGGCUUUACAGGCCAGAGUGAAGCUGAUGCGAAGGUCACUGUUUUCCAAAACUGAUGAGGAGGCUGAAAAUCGGAUGCUGUCUGGUUUGGGUUUUUUACUGGCUGUCAGUCUUAAGGAUUCUGGCUGUCUGUCGGCAUAAUGGAGUUGAUUGUCACUUAGGAGUUUGGUGUUUAUGACUUCUGGCUGAUACGGAGCUUCACAACUUGCUAGGAAGACCAAAUACAUAUAAUGUUGGAGGCAGUCAUGCCUUUUUUGAUGCUUUUAAGUAUGAGGAUGAUGCGCUCUUUCAACCGUGGUGCCCGUGGUCAGAACACACUGAGGCAGAUCUUGGCCCCAGUUGUGAAGGAAAUAACUGAGGACGAAUCGCUCAACGUCAGAACGGAUCCAGUGGAUAUUUACAAGUCCUGGGUUAACCAGAUGGGAUGUCAGAAUGGUGAGGCCGGCAAGUUGCCGUACGAUGUUACACCUGAACAAGCUCUUCAUCAUGGUGAGGUGAGGACGCACCUGGAUGCCUCAAUCUGAGAUGUGAAGGCAGUGACAGACAAGUUCCUGUCUGCCAUCGGUUCAGCUGACCAAAUCCCUUAUGGGAUGCGUUUCAUCGCCAAGGUACUGAAAGACUCCCGGCAUGACAAGUUUCCUGAUGCUGGCGAGGAUGAGCUUCUGAAGAUUGUUGGCAACUUACUCUGUUACCGCUACAUGAAUCCAGCCAUUGUUGCACCAGAUGCAUUUGACAUAAUUGAUCUUUCAGCUGGAGGGCAGCUGACUACAGAUCAACGAAGAAACCUUGGUUCUAUUGCAAAGAUGCUGCAGCACGCUGCGUCCAAUAAGAUGUUCAUGGGAGACAAUGCGCAUCUGAGCAUCAUUAAUGAAUACUUGUCACAGUCAUACCAGAAAUUCAGACGCUUUUUUCAGGUUGCUUGUGAGGUUCCUGAAUUGCAGGAUAAAUUCAGUAUUGAUGAAUAUUCUGACUUGGUGACUCUCACUAAACCAGUUAUUUAUAUUUCUAUUGGUGAAAUCAUCAGUACACACGCUCUGCUCUUAGACCAUCAAGAUGCAAUUGCUCCUGAGCAUAAUGAUCCAAUUCAUGAAUUGCUGGAUGACCUUGGAGAAGUUCCUUCAACUGAGUCCUUAAUAGGCGAAGGGUCUGGCAACAUUAAUGACCCAAACAGGGAGAUGCUGGCAAAGACAGAGGUUUCUCUCACACUCACUAAUAAAUUUGAUGUUCCUGGAGAUGAAAAUGCGGAGAUGGAUGCUAGGACAAUUCUGCUGAACACCAAACGCUUAAUUGUUGAUGUGAUCCGCUUCCAACCUGGGGAGACGCAGACUGAAAUCUUGGACACUUCAGCUACUUCGGAGCAAGAAGCAGAGCAUCAAAGAGCUAUGCAGAAACGGGCCAUUCGUGAUGCUAAAACUCCUGAUAAGAUGAAAAAAUCUGUGUCUGUAAAGGAAGAUGGCAACUUAAAUCUUCAGGGUAAAAAAGAGAAAAUCAAGACAGGCCUGAAGAAGCUGACAGAACUAGGGGUAGUGAAUGCAAAAAAUAAAUACCAGGAACUAAUCAAUGAUAUUGCAAAGGAUAUCCGAAAUCAGCGCAGAUACCGUCAGAGAAGAAAGGCAGAGCUGGUGAAGCUGCAGCAGACAUACAGUGCCUUGAACUCCAAAGCUACCUUUUAUGGGGAACAAGUUGAUUACUACAAAAGCUACAUCAAAACCUGCUUGGAUAACCUGGCCAGCAAGGGCAAAGUCUCUAAGAAGCCUCGAGAGAUAAAAGGCAAAAACAGUAAAAAGAUUUCUCUAAAAUACACUGCAGCUCGACUUCAUGAGAAGGGAGUGCUUUUAGAGAUUGAGGACCUGCAAGUUAACCAAUUUAAAAAUGUAAUAUUUGAAAUCAGUCCAACAGAAGAAGUAGGAGAUUUUGAGGUAAAAGCAAAAUUCAUGGGGGUACAGGUGGAAACCUUUAUGUUACAUUAUCAGGAUCUUCUGCAGCUGCAGUAUGAAGGUGUUGCAGUUAUGAAGUUAUUUGACCGAGCAAAAGUAAACGUUAAUCUUCUGAUCUUCCUUCUGAACAAGAAGUUUUAUGGGAAGUAACUGACCUUUGCUGGCAAAUCUGUGAGAGGGGAGAUGAAUAGAAGCCUUGCAUAUGUGACUUCUAAUGACUUUGCUGUGCAUCACUAUGUGCCCGUGCCUUGCUGAAAUAUAUCAAGUCUGUUACAAUUAAGGCCUAAGAACUUCUUGUGAAUUGACAGUGCUGACUGACGCUGCAGGGAGCUCUUUCUUGUACCUUUAUGAUGUUUAUGUUCAACUUGAUGUAAUAAUUUACAGAUGGCCUCUUGCGUAGAGGUGCUGCAGUAUCCAUUUAACGCUUAAGGAUGGGGAGUGAAACAGACAAAUUCUUGGCAAGUUAGCUUUUGAUGUUGCUUGCAAAGGUUUUGAAGGGUAAAACUAAGUUCUUUUCUCCCCAGUUUUAGAUCAAUGUUUCAUAUAUCUUUACCAGAUUCAAUAAACGUUAGGCUCUACUUUUGCAGACUUACCAAAAGAAGACAAUUAUCUUAAAUAGGUUGGCUUUUUAAAAGUUUAAUUUUUCUAGCUCUGUCAAACCCCUCAUUUCCUCAUCUGUAGUGGAUUUUUCACCGUGGUGAUUGUGCUGCUGUUCUGCUAUAUCCAGUAAAAAUGCAGAGACUCUUGAAUAAAUCCCACCAAAAAUUGUUUGCCCUGCCCCCUCCUUUUUUUUUUUUUUUUUUUUUUUUAAGAAACAUCGCUAAUUACAAAUGUCAUUUUUGCAGGUUUUUUUUGUUUAGAUUACUGUGUUGUAGAACUGCCUUAUCUCUGAGCUCACACACCGUAUUGCUAUUGCUCCAUUGGCAUAGAUUUUUUGCUAAUGAGAGCCACUCACAGAAUUGGAGUUGGGUGCAUCCUUGAGGUGAGUUUUCCGUAGUCCUUUAGUAAGUAUCUGCUGGUGUCUGGUCUGCAUGAAAUGCUUGUUACUGGCAUGCACCAACAUUACAGCAUCACCUGGUAAGAUAUUUCUGUAUUUUAUAACAAGAUAUUUUAAUGUUGGUGCAUGCCAAUAAAAUAAUAUUUUAAUGUUUGUCCAGCACAAUGCAUUAACAGAAAUUCCUUUUCAUACCAUACCAACCAAAAAAGAUAUGUGCGGUGUAGGUCAUCUGAAAGAGAGUGACCUCAGAACUAGAUUUUCACUAAUAUCUGAAGAAGUGAUGUGAAAUGAGUUAAAGAUCUUGCCUUGAUUUUUUUAGUUCUAUCUAGCUACAUGCGAAUUUGCUGUAUCAUAGAGGGACUUGAGAAUUGUAUUACUUUGAUUUGGGAGUGAUGAGAAUAACGGUAGAAAAUUCUUAAAUAUUGUUAACAAAAUGCAGCUGUACUCUGCAGGCUCUUGAGCUACAGAGAUGAAUCCCCUCUCUCCCUUUUAAUUUUUUUUUAAUUGAAAGCUUUUAAUAUUUUUCAGCGUCUGGCAGUCUUUAAACCACAACCCAGGUGGGAUCAGGGAAAAUGCAGUGAGGUGUUAGCGGUGAUUGUACACUGCUCAAGGAAAAUAUGCUUACCAGGUGAUUUACAAUAAUUGUUACCUAUGCUUAAUGACAAAAAUUUUUGACAAAAAUUGAAAACAAACAAAAAACAAGAGAAUUAACUGGAGGAGUUUGUUCAGAGACAGAGCUUUUUUUUUUUUUUUUUAAGGGAAAAACUGUUAAUAAAGACAGUCUCAGCAGUGAAUUAUAUGUAUUCUAUAAUUUAUUGGUGACUUAGCUUUGCUUAUUUCCUGUACACCACUGUAUUUACAAUUGGAGCAGCUAUAAGUAGAAGGCAUGUCUUUCCUUGUUAGUAAAGUUUGCCUCUGUAACUCACAUAUAAGUAAAAAGCCAUUUGUGUC